UGAAAGCAUGAACUUAAACAAUCAACAAGCAAGAGAAGCAAAAGGUUAUCGCAAUGUCCGGUAUACGAAAUUCUCCCACUAGUCCACGAUUUCCACAACCUAAAAUGGAUCAUCAGCAUCACAAUUGGGAUGAUACAACCCCAACAACAAUGGCCGUUCCCAGUCUCUCACAUAAUCCAACAACAGUAGCAACAGCUUCCAUGAUAAAGUUACCCACCCGCACAACCUCAUCAACGUCACCAUACAAAUGCCCCAAAUCACCAAGAAGCUUUCACAUACCAGCAGCUAAUGUUUACGACUCUUCAUCUCCGUUACCGCCACGUAGUCCAUCAAUACGCAGCACGUACAGUAGUCAUAGCAAUUACUCUGACCCAUCGAUUGUGAGCCGAAACCGCUAUGAUAAUUCACCGCGAAGUCCUAAAAUCACAACUACGUAUGCGAAUGAUAGCUGCGACGAUGCUUCAUCCACACCUUCCUACUACCAGACACCUACAGGCUUCUCAUCAAAUGAAAAUUCACUUGAUUCUCCUGCUUGCAGUUUUCUAAGUGGACAUACGCCAUCACCGCCUCGUCGCAGUCCAAAAUCUCCGCGUAAAUUUGUAUUUGAUGCGAUCAGUCCGAUUAUGGAUCAAUCUUGCAAAAAACUUGAAUAUGAGUACUAUGAUCCAAUAUCACCAGAUGACGAGCUAGCAUGUGCAAGUAACUAUUAUGAGACUCCCGUCUCACCCAGGCGACAAAACUCAAAAAAAUUAAUACGAUCUGAUGCACACGAUAAGCUUUCACGAGGUUAUGCUGCAAUUGAAAUGGCAGGAAGUCUUAAACGAAAUGAAUGGGAAUUUCCAUUUGGUUCACACAUUGACGAACAUUGUUUGAGUAGUGGCAGUUUCUACAUGAAACGAGACUCUUGCGUUACUGAAAGCACGCAAUUGUCGGUGGAGUCCAAUGAUACAACUAAUAGCACCGUUGCAACAACUACAACAUCAUUUAGCUAUUCAGAUCAUUCGAAGCCAAUGACGUCCGAGAAAAGCAUAUCUGGAAGUAUGAGUCCAGUAGAUCAUUGCACGAGCAUUCAAAAGCGGCGACAUGCUAUAAAUAUAACAUCAAAUCCUGGUUACCAGGUUUUACACAGCUCCCACUCUACCCUGGAUCGUACUUGUUCUGACAGUGUUGUUUCAUUACGAUAUCGCAAGUCAACUAGUGACUUAACAAAAGACACCGACAAUGAAUCUGGUAAACACAAACUUGCUAACGAUAACAAUGUCAGCAGUAAUAACAUGAACUACAAGCCACGACGACGUGGAAGUUCUAAAGGUGGUUUAGCUUAUUUGGCAAGCCGCCGUAGUUCACGAGAAUCAAUGAAAAGUGCUUGUUCCAAUACAUCAAUAUUCUCGAAUGACGAUAUUGGACCCUUAGCUUUUCAAGCAUCAAAUCGUGGACGACAGAGGCGUACUUCAAACUUUUUAGAGUUACCUGUUCCAGACCAUGUGCGGCCACGUGUCUGCUCAUUACCAGAUCGCCCAUACAACCCACGUGUGAGUGAUGAUCUUUACAGAUUGCGGCAUUUCUCCAUAAGCAAAGGAAAUGUUGUCAAUUGUGGUGAUUCUAUAAUAUCACGUCGUUCACGAAGUAAUACAAGUGUGAAUUCCACAAACAGUAGAGCGAGUGAGCGGUCACCGUUUGAAGGUUCAUGUUGUGGUGGGGGGUAUGCAAAUGUUGAUUCAUUACCAGCCUCACCUGAUGAUUCGGACAAUCUUGAUCCGCCACCUCCGCCAAGGUAUCGUGUAGUAAUGUUGGGUGACGCUGGCGUAGGUAAAACCGCACUAGUCAAUCAAUUCAUGACAUCCGAAUACAUGCACACAUACGAUGCCAGCUUAGAUGACGAAUUUGGUGAAAAGACGGUAAGCGUGUUACUGGAUGACGAGGAAUCCGAAUUGGUAUUCAUUGAUCAUCCCAGCGUUGAAAUGAGCGUGGAAAAUUCUCUGUCAACAUAUGAGCCGCAUGGCUGUGUUGUUGUCUUCUCGGUGGUGGACAAGUCUUCGUUUCGUGUUGCUGAGGAAAUAAUCAAUUAUUUGUGGCAAGAGAACUACAUUAAAGAUAAAGCGGUCAUUUUAGUGGGCAAUAAAGCCGAUUUGGCGCGCGCAAGGGUUAUCACGUCACAAGAUGGCAAAUCAUUGGCGGCCUCACGCGAUGCGAAGUUUAUUGAAACCUCUAGCGGCAUACAGCAUAAUGUGGACGAACUACUCGUUGGUAUAUUGAAGCAGAUGCGCUUGAAAGAGUCUCGUGAGAAGAAAGCUAUCUCGUCCAAAAUGAGAACUUCUCGUACGCAUAUAUCCCUACAUCUGGCUAAAGAAAUUCUGCAAAAAAUAUGUCUAAGUGAUAUUUCUAAAUCGAAAAGCUGUGAAAAUUUGCACGUUUUGUAAAUUUAGUAUACAAGGAGGCAACCGCAUGAAAACAAUCAUAAAAAAGAAAAAAGUCAAGCAAGUAUAAAAUUUUCCAAAUCUUGGCUAAUGCACAUUUUUCAUAAAUAACUACAGAAAAUGAAAAGGUUUUAUAUCGACUAUCAUA